GAUACAACUCCAUUUAAUGCUACCACCGAAAUGUGCUAGAAACUGUACUAUUUGACGGUGAUUACGGAGAAGCGCGUGUCGGAGAGCGAGGAGUAUGAAAAUGAAACAAACAGCGUUAACGUUUGUUUUUCGAGCCAAACCCAAACCCCGUUCACACAGACAAAGACUCAGUCAAAGGUUUCGUAUGAGACCAACCGGCUAAACCUUGUCCGUACCUUAAAUUAACCUACACUUGUCGGUUAACUUACGUGUCUUGUUCCAUUUUCCCACGUUCAUUCAACAUUACUACAUCUUGUUGUACAAGUUUUCAUUUCCCUGUUCCCACCCCCUAUUCCUAUUCCCACACACACACACCUCACUUUCUCAUUCUUUCUUCUUCUAUAAACCCAAAACCCUCUCUCUCUUUCUCUCUCUAAAAUACUAUAGAUAUAGAUCAACCAACCCUAUCUUAUCUAUCUAACUAUCUUACAAUAUCUCAGACUCUGAUGAUGGAGAAAAAGAGUAUGAAUAUGAAUACCGAUGAUUAUUCGGUUGGGUCUUUUCCUACCUAUUCGCUUACAAACAUGUUUGAUUUAUCUGAAGAAAGGAGUUUCAUGGAGUUACUAGGUGUGCAGAACAUGAGCAAUAGUUACAGUUUGUUUGAUUUACCUGCGGAUGUAAAGGAAUCAAUCACUGAAAAUGGUGGAAAUGGGAAAGAAUCAUCUUUGAAUAGUCAACAACAACAACCUGCUACUCCUAACUCUUCUUCCAUUUCUUCUGCGUCCAGUGAAGCACUCAAUGAUGAACACAACAAUAAAACUGUUGACCAAGCCAAUCAUCAUCUCCAAAAACAGUUGAAAGCUAAGAAGACAACGAACCAGAAGAGACAAAGAGAAGCUAGAAUCGCGUUCAUGACGAAAAGCGAGGUGGAUCAUUUGGAAGAUGGGUACAGAUGGAGAAAGUACGGUCAAAAAGCUGUUAAAAACAGCCCUUUUCCGAGGAGUUAUUAUCGUUGCACUAGUGUUUCAUGUAAUGUGAAGAAACACGUGGAGAGGUCAUUGAAUGAUCCAACCAUUGUAGUAACAACCUAUGAAGGGAAACACACGCAUCCAAAUCCAGUUAUGGGUCGUUCUUCAGUUUCUCAUGUUGGGUCUCUAAUACCACCAUCGCUACCAGCUGAAUGCAUCACCACCAACUUUGGUGGUUCUGAAAACUACAUGAUGCCGUCUCAAUAUUAUAAUCACCACCGUCAACAGGUUCUCUUUAAUACGUUGUCGUCUAUGGGUUAUUCUUCAAAGAUUCCUCAAGAGAGAUUGGUUUGUAGUAAUCCAAAGGUUAUGGAUCAUGGUCUUCUUCAAGAUGUAGUUCCUUCAAAUAUGUUCAAGGAGGAGUAGCUAAAUCAUUUGUUAUGGAUCAGUUUUUGUAGCUAGCUAGAUAUAGGAGACUUAGAUGAGAAGUACUCCAUUAGUGAAGAUCAUAUAUAAUAUAUACCGCUAAACUCAUGUUAUCUUUUUUUGCACAGAUAUAUAUCAUCAAUAUGGAUUUUGAAUUUUUUAUCAUUGACAACUCUCACUUGUAUGAUCAGGCAAAAAUAAGUUUCUAUUCUUUCUUCUUUCUUAAAAUUUUGAUUAGGGGUCGCAAAACGGCAUAUACGUAUUAAAAUGUAACGAAGUGGGUAUAAUCGAGAGUGUGCGCAUAAUUGUUUGGUCUUGUAUAUUAGUUACUUGGUGUGGAAUGGAAUGUGCAUUCAUUUUAAAUUGGUGCGGUAGUGAAGGUUGUUAGGUUUAGCUCGUUUAGGUUUUGAAAUGGGUGCAAUUGGUGUGUAAGGUUUUACUCUUUUUGCUUUGUUAUUGUAAUCUACGGAAAACGAAUUAUACGGAAAUGAUUUAUAAUUUGAAGGA